GGGACCGGAGGCAUUGUGCUGCUCCUCAUUUGCCCGAGCGAGGUUCCAGCGCUCCAAGCACCAGCACGAGCUGAGGCUCUGCACACAGAACUCAGCCCCGGCUCCCCAGGGGAAGAAGCUAUUCCAGACUUAACUAAGGAAUCAUCUCACAUGUUUCAACAAUCCCUACAGUUUCUCUGUUUGUUUUAAAGAUAUCACUGAGAUUUUGUUUCAUUUGCAACGGGAGACUAAAUGACAGCAAGCAGAAUCUGCUGUUAGGUUAGAUUACAAGGGCACUCUGGGGGACUCAUAGACGAUGCAGGCACCAUCGCUGCUCUGUUAUUUCCUGCUCCUCUGGCUGUGCAGGGAUUUGUGCCCAGCUGAAGGCGGCACUGGCAGGAGGCAGAGGAGGAGGAUGCCCCCCAGGGGGCUGGGGAGGAGCCCCUGGGGAGGGCACAGGAGCCCCAGGGCAGCCGGGAUGGAGCCCCCGGGACACAGGAUCCCGCUCAUCUCCAUCGAUGACAGCGUCAUGGGCGCGUUUGACUCUCUGGUGGGGCUGGGGCAACGCGAGAGCACCUACAAUGUCUUACCAGGGAAGAAGGGGCAGUGCACAGCUAACGGGAUGAUCAUGUUCGACAAAGCCGUGUGGUCUCCCCAGCCCUGCGUCACCUGCCUGUGCUCCCAGGGACAGGUGAUCUGUGACACAGCCAUGUGUCACCCGCUGAAAUGUCCCCAGACUGUCAUUCCCGCAGGAGAGUGCUGCCCAGUGUGUUCUGAGACUGUCUCCUCGCUGGACUCCAGUAUAAUUUCACUGGAUGACAUCAGUGAGUUGUCUGGUGACUCCCCAGACCCCAAGGACCUCGACAGCACCAGUGCUCUGCCAUCGGCACGAACUCACAUGGAGAAGGAUGAGCUGCUUCCAACAGAAGUGAUAGAGGUUAGAGACAAGGAGGGUCACAAAAAAGGGCAGAAGAAAAGAAAAAGGAAAGGCAAAAAGAAUCGCCAGAGGAACAAAGGGCGUCACAGAGAGAAGCUGCCUGUCCCCAGAACAGGAGCUGCAGGAGAUGUGCAGUAUGAAAGUGAUGAAGAUGAUGGUGCUUUCAGAAUUCCAUCUCAUUUCCCAAUUCCUGUUCCACCCAUAGAAGCUCCUCCUUUGCCAUCUGGAUGUUCCACCUCGGACACCACAGUAAGCUGCAUUAAUGCCAAACUUACACAAAUACCUCCCAUCUCAGAUCCAGACUUAACGAGUUUAGACCUUACAGGAAAUAGCAUCACUACUAUCUCAGAUGAAGCAUUCAAUGGGAUACCUAAUUUGGAAUGGAUUGAUCUGAGUAAAAAUAACAUUACCUCUCCUGGCAUAGGUCCCAAAGCAUUCAAAACCCUGAAAAAGCUGAAACGUUUGUAUUUGGAUGGAAAUAUGCUGGUACUUAUUCCCUCUGAAUUGCCAUCAACUUUGGAAGAAAUAAAAAUAAAUGACAACCAACUUCAUGCCAUUGAUGAAGACGGCUUAAAAGAUUUAAAGAACUUGGUCACUCUGGAAUUAGAAGGAAAUAAACUUAGUGAAGCAAAUGUCAGUCCUUUGGCCUUUGAUCCUUUGAAAAGUCUUUCUUAUUUGCGACUGGGAAGAAAUAAAUUUAGAAUUAUACCACAAGGUCUUCCUGCCACUCUUGAGGAGUUAUAUCUUGAACAUAAUCAAAUUGAAGAAGUGUCAGAAAUUUGCUUUAACCAUACCAGAAACAUCAACAUCAUUGGGCUAAAGCAUAACAAAUUAGAAGAGCACAGGAUAGCACCUUUGGCUUGGAUAAACCAAGAGAACUUGGAGUCAAUUGAUCUCUCUUAUAAUAAGUUGUAUCAUGUUCCCUCCUACCUGCCAAAAUCUUUACUCCAUCUGGUACUUAUAGGAAAUCAGAUUGAAAGAAUUCCAGGCUAUGUGUUUGGCCACAUGAGGCCUGGGCUGGAGUAUCUCUACCUGUCCUUUAACAAACUCACUGACGAUGGCAUUGACCCAGUGUCAUUUUUUGGAGCUUACCAUUCUCUGAGGGAGCUCUUUUUGGAUCACAAUGAAUUGAAGGCUGUACCCUUUGGGAUUGAUGAAAUGAGAAAACUACGUUUUCUAAGACUGAACAAUAAUAAAAUAAGGACGGUGCCCCCAGAACGCAUCUGCAGGACUCGGAGCCACCACGAGGACGAGGAUGACCACAGUGAGGAGGAGCAUGAAGAUUCCCACUUGGAACACGUUCACCUUGAAAACAACUACAUCAACACAAGGCAGCUCUCCCCACAUUCAUUUUCAUGCAUAAGAUCUUAUUGCAGUGUUGUUCUUAAACCACAGAAGACCAAAUAAACCCCCCAGUUCUGCAUUGCAACCCCCCCCAUCUCUAGAAAUGCAGUUUUAUUUAUUCUCUCUACUCCACUGGUCUGCUUAUUUCUGAUGUAAACCCUUCCUACCAUAAAUAUGAUACUGUAGUAAGGUACUGAAGUAAGGUACCAGUGUGUUUCUUCAUACUGUUUCAUUAUAAAACCAUUAAAUGCAAAAAUUGAAGCUUAAGAUUAUGACAUCUAUUUUUAUUUCUAUUAACACUAUUCUGCUUAAGUGCAUCAGGUCAAACUGUGCCCCCAGGAACACCCUCUAUAAGAUCAGAUUUUAGGAUUUAAGAAUAUAACUAAACCCUCAGCUUGGUCCUAUCUUAUUUGAUUAACUGAAUUUAAAAUAUUUUAAGUGGUACCUUGUAAAAAUUGUACAUAAAAGAUAAAAAUCCUUGAGCUACGAACAUUCUAGCAAUGCAGGAAUCAAAUUUCUAAAACACACACAGGACUGGAUUUUCUACCAAACAUUUGAAGUGUAAAACUCUCUUCCAAGUGAAAUUUUAAGAAAAAAACUUAAAUUAUUUGUUGUAGAUUACCCUAAAAACUUCCUGUAUUCACACAGAUUCUGAUGAACUGGACAAAUGAACAAUUAAUUUCUAUCUGGAUGCCUUUUUUUUUUUUUUAAACAAAGUAUAUUUUAAUUUUUAAAAGUUAUUUUUAAAGUCACAGUAAUAGGUUCCGCUCAUUUGUACCAUAGUUAGUUUGUUAGAUUUUUAUACUGUACAGGAUGUGUAGUCUUAUAAUAAAUUUAAGCAAA